AAGGCUCCUUUCUGUAUGAUGCUUGGGACUCCAAAAAAACCAUUGCUUUUUAAAGAGGGCGAUGUCACCAUUGGGGGAGCCUUUUCCAUCCACAGCAAAAUCACACAACCUGCACUUUCCUUUACAGACAAACCAACAUAUUUUAAAUGUUCCAGUGUAAACCUCAGGGAGUUUCGAUUUGCCCAGACAAUGAUCUUUGCUAUUGAGGAGGUCAACAGAAGUGACUUUCUUCUUCCCAAUGUGUCUAUUGGAUACCGGAUUUACGACAACUGUGGCUCAACACUGUCUUCAAUGCAUGCUGCUAUGGCCCUAUUGAAUGGUGAUGAACGGACUGGAGGAACAAAGUGCUCUGGUCAGUCAGCUGUGCAUGCAAUUAUUGGAGAGUCUGAGUCCUCAUCAACCAUUGUGCUGUCUCGUACUACUGGACCAUUCAAAAUACCAGUGAUCAGUCAUUCAGCUACCUGUGAGUGUUUGAGCAACAAGAGGGAUUAUCCUUUUUUCUUUCGAACCAUUGCCAGUGAUCUCUACCAAAGUCGAGCUCUUGCACAGCUGGUCAAAUAUUUUGGCUGGAACUGGGUGGGGGCAGUCAACAGUGACAGUGACUAUGGCAAUAAUGGUAUGGCCAUCUUUCUAGCCACAGCGCAGGAGGAAGGAGUGUGUGUGGAGUAUAGAGAAAAGUUUCACAGGUCAGAACCAGAAAAAUUGUCAAAGGUGGUAGAAGUCAUACGUAAGAGCACAGCCCGGGUUAUUGUUGGGUUCCUGGCCCACGUGGAAAUGAACCACCUCCUGGAGCAGCUGAUACUGCACAACAUCACAGGCCGACAGUUCAUUGGUGUUGAGGCAUGGAUCACUGCAGACAGCCUUGUAACUCCCUCCAGCUUCAGUGUAUUGGGAGGCUCACUGGGCUUCGCUGUACAAAAAGCCAAUAUUACUGACCUGAAUAAGUUUUUAAUUAAGGACUUUUGGGAGAAAGAAUUCAACUGCAAUGAAAUGAACCCUGACAGAGCAGCAACUGUCCUUUGUGAAGAACUCCUGGAUCUUGUUGAGCUAAAAUAUUCAGAUGAUGAUAUGGCUGAACUGAGAUACUCCAGUAACAUUUACAAAGCGAUCUAUGCUGUGGCCCAUUCUUUGCACAGUACACUGAACUGCUCAAACAAUGAAGCCUGCAACAAAAGUAUGAAAAUUACACCCUGGCAGGUAGUGGAGUCUCUGAAAAAUGUGAAUUUUACCAUUAAAACUGGGGAUACAGUGUGGUUUGAUCACUCUGGUGCAGCUGUGGCUCGCUAUGAACUGGUGAACUGGCAGCGUGGAUCAGAUGGCUUGGUGAAGUUUAAACCUGUCGGGUACUAUGAUGCCGCCUUGCCUCCUGAUCAGAGGUUCAUCUUGCAUUCCGAAGCAAUAAUGUGGCCUGGAGGAAGCACAGAGUUGCCGGUGUCAGUGUGCAGUCAAAGUUGCAAACCAGGAACUCAUAAGGUUCCUCAGAAAGGAAAGCCUGGCUGUUGUUAUGACUGUGUGCAGUGUGCAGAAGGGAAAUUCAGCAAUACCACAGACUCUCACAGCUGCACAAAGUGUCCUGAAGAAUUCUGGUCCAAUCAUAAGAGAGAUGCAUGCAUUCUGAAAAUUCUUGAAUUCCUCUCCUUCACUGAAGAUAUGGGGAAAAUACUGAUGUUUUUCACUUUGCUUGGUGUCUUACUGACUUUCCUUGUGGCUGCUCUGUUCCUGAUCAAAAAGGACACUCCUUUAGUUAAGGCAAAUAACUCUGAGCUGAGCUUCCUCCUGCUCUUCUCCUUGUCUCUCUGUUUCUUGUGUUCUCUGACCUUCAUAGGCCGGCCCUCUGAGUGGUCCUGCAUGCUGCGACACACAGCAUUCGGGAUCACCUUUGUCCUUUGUAUUUCUUGUCUUCUGGGAAAAACGAUGGUGGUGUUAAUGGCCUUCAGAGCCACACUUCCAGGUAGCAAAGUCAUGAAAUGGUUUGGACCUGCACAGCAAAGACUCAGUGUUCUGGCUUUCACUCUGAUACAGGUUGUGAUUUCCAUCCUUUGGCUAACAAUAAACCCACCAUUUCCAUCCAAAAACAUGGUAUACUAUAAGGAGAAGAUUAUUCUUGAGUGUGCUGUGGGGUCACCUGUGGGUUUCUGGGCUGUGUUAGGAUACAUAGGACUUCUUGCUGUGUUGUGCUUUGUUCUUGCAUUUUUGGCUAGAAAAUUACCUGAUAAUUUUAAUGAAGCUAAAUUUAUUACUUUCAGCAUGUUGAUCUUCUGUGCAGUCUGGGUUACAUUUAUACCAUCAUAUGUCAGCUCUCCUGGGAAGUUCACGGUAGCUGUGGAAAUAUUUGCAAUUCUAGCCUCCAGUUAUGGGGUACUUUUCUGCAUUUUUGCUCCAAAGUGCUUUAUUAUUAUACUGAAGCCUGAACUAAACACAAAGAAACAUUUAAUGGGUAAAACAUGA